AUUAAAGCUGCAGAAGAUUAAAGCUGCAUGUGUGUUCAUUUUCCACUACUUAUCCAUGUUGUUUGUUAGGUGAUGUUUUUUCAUCGUAUAUUAGCUUAAUUUCAAUUAAUUUAUUUUUUUCUCUUCUUUUUUUAUAACUGAUAAUCAGUUUAAUUGUGUUUGUUUAAUUUCUGGAAUUAUGGGAGAUACAACUGAAGAAAAACCAGUCAAUGAAUCUGGAGCUUUAUUAGAUCCUGAGGAAGAAAGAAAGAGGAAACAAAAAGAGAAAGAUGCUAAGAAGAAGGCCAAAAAGAAGGAGAAAGCAGCUGAUGAAAAAGCAAAAAAAGAUGCUCCUGCCACUGGUGCUGCUGCUGUCAAGAAAGGUCCUGGUGCUAAACAAUUAGCACUUAUUAAAGAACAAUUAAAGAAGAAGCAAGAAGAGGAGGAGAGAUUGAAAAAAGAGGAAGAAGAAAGGAUUCGCAGGGAAGAAGAAGCUGAGAGAGAAAGAUUGGAAAAACUUCGAAAAGAAAAAGAGAAAAAAGAAAAAAAGAAACAAAAGGAAAAAGAAAGAAAAGAAAGACUCAAAAAGGAAGGUAAAUUACUUACUGAUAAACAGAAAAAAGAUCGACAGAGAGCAUUGAUGUCGAUUGAGCUUCUGAAGCAACAAGGUGCUAUCAUUGUUGGUAAAGAACCUGGAGCUAAAGUUGACAAGGAUAGAGCCUACAGAAGGAAUCGAGCAGCUCAGAAAGCUGCUGCUGGUGGUUCUGGUGAUAAUGGUCAAACUGAAACAUCGAACGGAGAAACUAAAGAGAAAAUUGAUGAAAUUCCCGAAGGAGAAAUAGAAAUUGAAUCUAGUGAUGAAUCUAGUGAUGAAGAGAUAGAAAAUUGGGAAGAUUUAACAGAGGAGUCCAGCGCAGCCGAUAAGGAGAAGAAGGAAAAGGAAUUGAAUAAAGCAAAUAAUAAAUUGUCUAAAGAAACCAAGGAGCCAUUGAAACCGGUUGAAAACAAAGUGAAUGAUAUUUCCAAUAAAUCUGGUACAACUUUAACUUCAAAAGGUGGUGAACCAGAUAAAACGAUAGAACAACCGCCUUCAUUGAGGUCUCCUGUUAUUUGUGUUUUGGGACACGUAGAUACAGGAAAGACUAAGAUUUUGGAUUAUAUACGGAAAACACAUGUCCAGGACAAUGAAGCUGGUGGUAUUACUCAGCAAAUUGGUGCUACCUUUGUGCCUCCAUCAGCUAUUCACGACCAAUGUAAAAUAGUUAAAGACGUUACUGAGCUUAAACUGCCUGGACUUUUAAUUAUCGAUACUCCAGGUCACGAGUCAUUCACAAAUCUACGUUCUAGAGGUAGUUCAUUGUGUGAUAUAGCUAUCUUGGUUGUUGACAUUAUGCACGGCUUAGAAGCACAAACAAUUGAAUCAAUUAAUCUUUUAAAAUCUCGUAAAACACCAUUUAUCAUCGCUCUGAAUAAGAUUGAUCGAUUGUAUGGUUGGAAAAGCAAUCCACGUAAAGAUGUUGAAGAACUGAUCAAGUCUCAAGCAUCUCAUACACGAGCUGAAUUUGAGCAACGAGCUACAAAAGACGUUAUUCUUGCUAUGAAUGAGAAUGAAUUGAAUGCUGCGUUGUAUUACAAUAAUCCUGAUCCAAAAACCUAUGUUUCUAUGGUCCCUACCUCAGCUCAUUCAGGUGAUGGAAUGGGUAACUUGAUAAACUUAAUAGUGUUCUAUUGCCAGGAGCGAUUAAAGAAAAGACUGCAAUUUGACCCAGAUAAACUUCAAGCAACCGUUCUGGAAGUUAAAGCAUUACCGGGCUUAGGAACCACUAUUGAUGUUGUCCUUGUUAAUGGUAAACUUCGGGAAGGAGAUAAAAUCGUUAUGGCAGGGCACGAUGGACCUUUUGAUACUUCAAUUAGAUCUAUUUUAGUCCCUCAACCAUUGAGAGAGUUACGUGUUAAAUGUCCUUUCCAAGAAUUGAAGCAAGUCUACGGUUCAAUGGGAAUUAAAUUGACUGGACAUGAUUUAGACAAAACUAUAGCUGGUUUAGAAUUACAUGUCGCCAAAAAUGAUAAAGAAUUAGCUGAAUUAAAAGAAUUAACAUGGAAACGUUUCGGUGAAGCAAUGAAGUCAAUAAAAUGUGUCGAUAAAGGUGUUUACGUUCAAGCAUCCACCUUAGGAUCCUUAGAAGCUCUUUUACAAUUUUUAAAAGAUUCUAAAAUUCCUUACUCUGGUGUUAGAAUCGGUCCUGUUGUCAAAAAAGAUGUUAUGAAAGCUUCCGUUAUGCUGGAAAUUGCUCCAGAUUAUGCUGUGAUCUUAGCCUUUGAUGUUAAAGUGGAAAGAGAUGCUCAAGAGUUGGCAGAUCAAUUGGGGGUGAGAAUAUUUACUGCAGAAAUUAUUUACCAUCUGUUUGAUAAAUUCACUGCCUACCGAGAUGAUUUGAAAAAGAAGAGAAAAGAACAGUACAAAAACGUUGCUGUUUUCCCCUGUAAACUGAGAAUUCUUCCCCAAUUCAUUUUCAAUGCUCGUGACCCAAUCGUAUUAGGAGUUUCUGUCGAAGAUGGAUUAUUAGUCCCAGGAGUUACAUUAGCAGUACCCAGCAAAGAGAAUCUUGAAAUAGGUCAGGUAACAAGUAUUGAGCUAAACCAUAAAAAUGUUGAUAACGCUCGCAGAGGAGCAGAAGUUUGUAUAAAAAUUGAACACGUCGGAGGUGAUGCACCUAAACUUUAUGGACGCCACUUUGAUUAUAACGAUAUGCUGGUGUCUAGAAUAACUCGAGAAUCGAUAGACGUUGUUAAAGAGUACUUCAGAGAUGAGCUACAAAAAAGUGACUGGCAAUUAAUGAUCGAAUUGAAAAAGACUUUCGAAAUCAUUUAAAUGCAUAUAUAGUUUGACCUCGUUUCGAAAAUUGUGUGACAAAUCAAAUUGCCAAAUUCCAUUGUUUGGUCAGUCUGGGAUAAAUUCAUCGCUAAAAAAUCCAACAUCUGUUUCUUUAUUGUCAAUUCUUCUGCUCUCUUCCAGCUCAAUCAUUGUUUUCGCAUAAGUAUUCAACACCGAAAUUGGUUUAGAAUCGAGCUGUGAUUAUCGACUACUGUUAAUGAGCAUUACAAUUAUCUUUCUCUCCUUUAAUUGUCUCUUUCUCUCUCCCUCUCUUUUAUAUCAACGCUCCUUGUCAAACGGGAGAGCAAAAUAUUUUUGACUAAAUGAGUAAAUACAUGUUUCAUCAGAGACCCUUUAUUGUAUUAUUUUAAAUGAUUUCACUGCGUAUUCCAUCAGCGGAAUUGAAGUAAAUUCAAAAUUUAUGUAUUGUGACGCUAGAGUGAACUUAAUAGUUAUGCGCUUAUCAAUUUUCGCAAUUGAUAAACAGUACUUUCAAACUCUGCAUCAAGAGAAACUAAAUUGUAUAAGAGUAAUUCAAAAUUCAUUUUCGAAAUUAAAUUUUUUUAUCAUGUCUA